UGUAAUUCUUCUUAAGUGAAAAAAGCGUUUCAUAAAACGGAGGAAAAAAUUGAUUUUGCACUUUGCUCACAAUUAAAUUUCUAAAUUCAAUUUGAACGUGCACGUCUUUAUCAAUUUAAAUCGAUUUGAUUUGGCAUUCGAGGCUAUUUUCAGUGAUAGAAAGGCGAUUUAUUUUUGAAGAGAGACAAAAAUAAAACAAAAGUCAACAUGAAUUUCAUUUGGGCAAUAUUGGCAUUGUCAAUUUUUGCCAACGAUUGUUUGGCAAAAAAGAAAAAGCUCGACUUGGACUUUGAAUUUGUUGACAAGGUGGAGAAAGAUGUACAACGUAAAAGAAAACAAUGGAUAUAUGAUCCAAAAAGUGACCUAUGCCAACCCCUCAAUUGUAAAAAGCGUGAAUUGUGUUUACUCGAAGACGCUUUCACAGCGCUUUGUGUUUCAAAAGCGAUGCUCCAUAAAAAUCACGAUGAAAUUAUUAGCGUAUCAACCCAAAAAGUAGCGAGAGUUGGCGAUGCAAAUGGUAAUAUUGACACCCCCAAAUUUUCAGACGAAAUCUAUUUGACUGAUGACUAUUAUGGCAAUCCAAAGAAGUGCAAACAGUGCCCAAGUAGUAAACAAUCAUCGUUUGUGUGUGGUUCCGAUAAUCGAACAUAUUCGGCUGCAUGCCGUCUAGAUUAUCACAAUUGUGUCCAUAAUUCACAAAUAAAAGUCAAUUGUAAAGGUUUUUGCCCAUGCAAAGUCGUAGAUGAAUGUCAAACACAGGAACUCCAAACAAUUGGAAAUCGUCUGUUGGAUUGGUUUUCUGUCAUAAUGACAGAUACGAAAAAACAAAAACGUCGUAUUGCAAAAUCUGAAGCACAUUUUCCAGCUGCUUGCAAGAUCGAAGCAAAAUGGAUGUUUGGCCACCUAGAUAUCAAUAACGAUGGAUCACUGUCAACAUCGGAAUUGUUCGAUUUGGAACACGAUCAAAAUGAGCGAUGCAUCAAACCGUUCAUUGAUACAUGCGAUGUUGAUAAUGAUGCCAGUUUAUCAACACGCGAAUGGUGCCGUUGUUUCGAAAAGACGGAUCGUCCAUGUGCAGCAAUUCGAAGACGAAUUAAAUACGACCUACUCGCCAAAGACGCAUAUGUGCCCGAUUGCGACAUUCAAGGAUUCUAUCGGCCAACUCAAUGCCAUAGCAAAAUUGGUAUCUGUUGGUGUGUUGAUAAGCAUGGUGUGGAAUUUGCCAAUACACGCAAACGAGGGAGACCGACUUGUGACGAAGUAACCAAAAAUGUGGUAUCUCAACCGUCCGAUGAUGAAGAUGAUGAUGACCUAGAUACCUACGACGAUGCUGAAGCGAGCGGAAAUGGUCCACUAAACUAUUAAACACAACUUUCUUCACACACGCAAAUAUCAGGCACAUGCAAAACGUGCAUAUGCAUACAAUGCGACAAAAUAAUAAUAAUAAAAAAACCAAAACCCAAAAUGAAACGCAAAUCACGUAAACUGCAGUAAAUCCAACCAUUUUGUUUAUUUUAGCUCAUUUUCGGUCUUUCAUCUAUCCGUCUUACAUAGAUUAAAGCAUUUGAUAUAAGACUAUAUAUUUUCUAUAAUUGUUCACCCCGUUAAAUUCCAUAACCGAACCCAAUAUUGGUUUUUCUCUCUCACAAUAACUCUCAACACAUUUGUAUCACUCAUAUCUUAACAUUAAUUUUUAAUAUUUUUGUCCGUCUAGUUUCGUGUGAGAGAUUCAAAGGGUUUUAGUUGAUUUUCAAUUGAAUGUGAGUAGAGAGAGAUAGAGAGAGAUUCAUUGUCUCGACUUUUUUGUUGUGUUCAACUUUGGUUUCUUUUUCCACUUUUUUGCAGUGUGUCCAUAAUAUAUAGAAAUAGCACUAAAUAGUGUCGAUAUCUAUACUAUAUCGGUCCACUAUAUAUGGAAGAUAUUCCCGCACGGCACCGUAUCUCACGAUCGAAGUGAGUGUAGACGGGAAAAAUCACAAGUUGCCGUGCGGCAGUAGAAAGAACUGUGUGUAUGCGUCAACAUUUUUGCCGUCUGCACUCACUUCGAUUGUGAGUUACGGUGUCUUGCGGAAAUAUCUUCCAUAUAUAGUGCACCGAUAUAGUAAAGAUAUCGACACUAUUUAGUGCUAUUUCUAUAUGUUAUGGACACACUGCUUUUUUGAAUAAUAUCAGUUGAAAUAAAGGUAUUUAAGUUUACUAACGAAUUACCAUUUUUUCAGCAAAACGUAAAUUAAGAAUUAAGCGAUAAGAUAACGUAGACCUAAAUUUUGAAUUAGUUCACAACUAAAUACAUAAACAAAAUGAAAACGACUAUUAAUUCACAUUCUAGAUAAUAAUUAAUCUAUAGAUAUCCAGUCGAUAGGGAAUAUGUUGAGCUCGGUUUGCCGGUCGAUUUAAGUACGGUCGGUCCGGGUGUCUCAUGCCAUCGUCUAUGCGAUGUUCAAUAUAUAUAUACAGGGUGUCUCAAAUAAGGUUGGUAUAAUUUUUAAAAAUCUGCUCUGAUAGAAAUUUUGGAAAUAAAAUUCAACGAAUUUCUAUCGAAGUAGAUUUUUGAAAACUAUUCCAACAAAAGGGAAAAACGAAAUUUAUACCCUCAGUAGUGAGCCACUUAUAUGACACAUCCUGUAUAUCAUUGAUACCGCUAACAAAAUCGACCCACUGAUUAUUUAGAUAAAAGAACGAUUGAAUAAAAACUGUAAUAAAACGGCCAAUGAAUUUAUUUAAAAUUAAAAUCAAAAUAUUUUCAAUGGCUAUUAUAUAUAUAGAAAGAGACA